AAACUUUUAAAGUAUUCCAUUGGUGAGUUGCUUCAUUUGCGGAUGCGGUCCCAAGUAUGGCUAUAGUUUCCUCUUCCAGAAAGGAAGAAAAGAAGGGUGCAAUCAGCAAAGUUGGUUUUGACGAGCGAGGGGAGAGCGGAUAAAAUUGACUACCUCACCUUGGGUUGUGUUUUGAUUAGCUCUUCCCCAGCCUCCACUCUCGCUCUCUCAAAACAACUUGAUUAUUGUUUAAUAAUUAUGCAUCUUCCUUUCCUGUCGUCUCCUUUCGAGAUUAAUCUGCUUGGUCCGUGACCAUCUUUGUUUGAUCUAGGGUUCCAAAUGAAUUUUAUUUUGGAAAUUGGAAUGAUUUUUUUUUUUUUUUUGUGGGGGUGACGAUUCAAAAAUUUCUUGGCUCGUUAUUGUCAUAUUUACAUCAGUAAAUUGUUUUCUAUUGGGUCUGCUUGCCUCAUCAGAGAGCGAUGGAUUUUAUUUCCGAAUGAUUUCUUUUUAAAAAAUUUUCCAGUGGGGAUGACGAUGCAAAUGUUACUAGGUUCGUCAUUGUCAUGCCUGCAAAUCGGUAAAUAGUUCUCUCUUGGGUAAUUAUUUAUACGCGUACCGAGGGACUGCUUGCAUCAUCAGAUAGCUUCUGUCCAGCAAAAUUUCCGAAGCGUCCUCAAUUUCUUCUUCUUCUUGUUUAAAUAAAAAUUUCGCAGCUUGGAAUCUUAUGAUUGGACUUAAACCUUCAGAAUUCAAAAUUUUCGAAGCGUCUUCAAUUUCUUCUUCUUCUUGUUUAAAUAAAAAUUUCGCAGCUUGGAUUCUUAUGAUUGGACCUAAACCUUCAGAAUUAAUGUCGGCAUCACUUGUAACCUCUAGGGCGAAGAUUGAAUUGCUGAUUAAAGAUCUCUGUUGAGAAACAUGGAUUUGCAUACCAAUGCUCAGCCUGAAUCUGCACGAAUGGAACAAAUCGUUUCCCAGUUUUUUUUAAAGAGUUUGCACAUUAUUCUGAACUCAAGGAUUCCUUCUCUGAGACCACAUAAUCAUAGUGAUGAACUAUCAUCAGCAUCACGAGUGAGAAGGAGUGACAAAUGGUUCAGCUUAGUACUAGGAGACCGCCCUGCGGCCUUAGAUAAUCUGAAUUUCUGGCACAGAUAUUUAAUGGAUCCAAUGAUAAUUGACAUCAUCGUUGUUCAAAGAGGACUAGAUUCUUCAGCUGCCGGGGCAUCUGUUGAGACGGUCAUAGAGAGGUGGGUUGUCCAAUAUGAAUCUCUUCCGACAGUGGCUGCUCAAGCUGGUGAAAUUUCUUCUACAUCUUACAAGAAGACGUACAAAAAGUCAAUCAUACUUCUACGUUCCCUAUAUUCAACAAUGAGGCUUCUCCCGGUGUCUCGGAUAUUUCAGCAGCUGGGUUCAUCAACUCAGACCUAUGAUUUUGAUAUUAUCUACAAGGUUUCUUCAUUUAGUAAUCCAUUUAGAAGGGAAGAUGAGGAAUGCAUGAAGCGAUACAGUUUUGCCCCUGUGGAUGCUUUUCCUGGCCGCCUUUGUGUCUCUGUGGUAUAUCGUCCAACACUGUCGGAUUUCAAUCUCAGGCCUUCAACUUCAUCGCCACCACACAUAAUUACAGAUUAUGUUGGCAGCUCUGCCACCGAUCCUAUGAGGGCGUUUCCCUCUUCUGAGAAGGGCUUCCAUGCUACCUCCUUCCCACUGAGAAGAACUCAGUUACCUUCUUCUGCAUCCUUUCAACGCCCGCACAGCUGGACAAGUGGCCUCCACAAAGCAGCUCCUUUUAUGCAGAAUCAACCCCUCAGUGUCUCUCCGCCUGCAUCCCACACGUAUUCUGUACCAUUUGAUUUACCUACUCCAUCCCAUGAUGUUUGUGGUAGGAAUAAGAUUCAAGAUUAUAGACCUCCGGCUAAUCAAAAGGCUACUAGUUUUGAUGAGUAUCAGCUUUCACCUCCUUUCUCGCUAUCUCCAUCACCAUCUCCUCCAUCUUACCUUCUCCGUGCUAAUCAUGUGCAUACUCAUUUACGCUCGGAGACUGCUCCUGUAACUAUUCCUCUUCCAGCAACGGGCAGAGGCCCCAAAUACCCUUCUCCCUAUUCUUCUGACCCAAGUAGGCAUUAUCUCCCCCCUUUGUCCCCCAAAAGCACAAAGCAUGACCAUUCACCACAGGAGUCUCCAUCUGGAUAUCGGUCGUUGAGGAAAGCAGAAUCACCAAGGACUGGAGAAAUAUUUUCUGGGAUGACAAAUCAUUAUGCUGGUCAGAAGUUCCAUACUAUUUUGCUUCAUAGGUGUCCAAGGACAGCAAAGAUGAUUCAGGGCCAUUCUCAGGGUUGCUAUCUUCUAGUGGCUCCCCACAUAUUGGAUGUUCAAGAAGCUCUAGUAGAUUAUCGUUUGAGGAUGACUUGGAUGACUGUGACUUCUCAUGUCCUUUUGUUGUUGAUGAUGUUGAUGCAUCAGAUUGCCAAGCUGGUUUUUCUUCAAUUUUUUGGUGUCCAGUCUGAAUCUUGAUGGGGCAAAAGCUUCAGAGUGCACUAGUUCACUGCCAUUCCUAGCAGGGAGGAAAUCACAAGAUGCUGCUGUUGGUGCCUUUGUCCGCAUGCUAAGGACAGCACCCCCUCUUUGCCAAGAUCCAAGUUGUUACUCAACUCACUCCAUGAAGUCUGAGCUUGAGGGACAAGUUGGUGCAUCUUCAGAAUUCUUGACGCCUCGUAAAGCAGCUGAUGCGCUGGAAGAGCUCAGAAGUUACAGGGAAAUGAAAGACCUGCUACUCUCCAAGAGUGAAACCCGGCUGGUUUGAAGCGAGGAAGCUUAAGCGGCUAAGCUUAAGCCUGCUGUUAUGAGGGUGUCUAUUCACUUGACGUAGGUCCUAGGGAAAAUUAAGAUGUCCAGAUUGCUGGUAGUAAAAUACAGACAUUGUCGUUGUUUGUUGGACUCUCUUUCUUCAGAAGGUGGAGGCUACAUAGAUAUCAUGAUUAAAAUUGGUCAUCAUAUCGAGAUAAAUCUCUGGAUUUUCUUUAAUGGGUUGCUUUUCUAAAUAAAAAGUAAUGUAUUAUAGGUUA